UUUCGCUGGAGGACUGCCUUGCCUAUACAAAAAAGAAAAAGGGGUUUCAUCGAUCCGCAGCGUUCUCACUCUCGUCCCACGGCUGGGCGAGAGGCUGACUGGACGCGUGGAAACCCUUAGCUGAUGAUAGGAUCCGUCAUAGCCCUAACAUGAAUGUGCCAUUUUUUGUUUUAAAAGCCGCUCUUUUGGCUGCGAUCAGCACUCGCUGUUAUGCCAGCAGCGUCCCUUCAUUCAUCCUGCCGUUCACCGACUGUGCCGGGAGUCGUGGGAAAGACGGCUUCUACCGGGGAGCAAUAGACGUCACUGAGUCCGGCACCCGGUGUAUGAACUGGACCGAAGUCUCCGGCUUCGACGAACGGUACCCGGGUAAAGGCAUAGGCGAGCACAACCACUGUCGCAACCCGGACGGCCGAAUCCGACCCUGGUGCUUUUUUAGGAACCACAGAGGCAGAGUAGACUGGGGGUACUGCGACUGUAAACAAGGCUCUGUCCGUCUGCAAGGUGGCCGCUCCAAGCUAGAUGGCAGGGUGGAAGUGUACCUUGGGGGAACGUGGGGGUCCAUUUGUAGCAACGACUGGGGAGACGAAGAUGCUACAGUGGUCUGCAGACAGCUGGGCAAGGGAUUUUCAGGUCGCGCUCGAGCAGUUCCUCUGUUCCGUCCAGGCACAGCCAAGCUCCACUGGACGGCAGUCCAUUGCCAAGGCAAAGAGCCAGACCUGCUCCAGUGUCCCAAGGCAACCUGGAAUGGCGAGGAGUGUUCUCUGGUUGCAGCUGUUACCUGCAACCAGCAGCCAGCAGGUGUGUCCCUUCCCAUAAGGCUGGUGGGAGGCCGGUCAAAGUCAGAGGGCAGGGUUGAGGUCCUCCAUGCCGGGGAGUGGGGUUCCAUCUGCGAUGACCAAUGGGAUGACAGUGACGCAGAGGUGGUGUGUCGACAGCUGGGGCUGAGUGGCGUUGCAAGGGCAUGGGGCCAGGCACAUUUUGGCAAGGGUUCAGGCCGCUUGUGGUUGGACGAGGUGCGUUGCACAGGCAAUGAGCUCACUCUGGAGCAAUGUCCAAAAAGUGCAUGGGGAGAACACAACUGUCUGCACUCUGAAGAUGCAGGGGUCUCCUGCAAUCCUCUUACAGAUGGUACUAUUAGGUUGGUUGGGGGUGCCGGCAGCCACGAGGGACGUCUAGAAAUCUUCUACCGUGGUCAGUGGGGAACGGUGUGUGACGACGGCUGGACAAACUCAAACACGCAAGUGGUGUGCCGACAGCUUGGCUACAGGUUCGGAGAGACUCUCUCUCCUGGAGUGCCAGAUACUCCAGUUCCACGCUUUGGGGUGGGCUUAGGUCCUAUUCUGUUGGAUGAUGUGAGCUGCACGGGGAAAGAACCUAGUUUAUUGCUGUGCAACAGGAGGGAGUGGCUGCACCACGACUGUACACACCAGGAAGAUGUUAACAUUGCAUGCAGCCCUGAGCACAAUGGAGAGGGUCUUCCAAUCAGUGUACCAGUGAGACUAGUAGGAGGAGAGAGCCCUAGAGAAGGGCGUGUCGAGCUCUAUCUGUCCGGUCAGUGGGGGACUGUCUGUGAUGAUGGAUGGACUGAUCAUGAUGCUGAGGUGGUCUGCAGGCAGUUGGGAUACAGUGGCGUGGCAAAGGCCCGCGUGAUGGCAUACUUCGGUGAAGGGACGGGGCCCAUCCACGUGGACAAUGUGAAGUGCACUGGUGAAGAGCUUUCUUUAGCUGAUUGUAUCAAAGAGGUUCCAGGAACACACAACUGCCGCCACAGCGAGGACGCUGGGGUCAUAUGCGACUACGGAGCUCCGCAGCCCAGCUACAAAGUGGUGAAAGAUCCUGUGGACUCAAUUUGUGGUCUGCGGCUCAUACACACUCGCCAGAGGAGAAUCAUAGGAGGAGAAAACUCUCUGAGGGGUGGCUGGCCAUGGCAGGCUGCUAUCCGUUUGCGAGGAUCUCGAGUAGAUGGGAGGUUGGUUUGUGGAGCAACUCUCAUUGACACCUGUUGGGUCCUCACUUCGGCACACUGCUUCAAAAGGUAUGGAAACAGCACCAAGCAGUAUAAAGUUAGAGUGGGAGAUUACCACUCCCUCGUCCCUGAGGAAUAUGAAGAGGAGUAUGGUGUCGAUCAAAUUGUGCUCCAUCCAAGCUACCACACCCAUAGCAAUGAUUACGACCUGGCCCUGGUUCAUCUGUCACAGGGGGCAGUGGACAAGAUGCCGGGAGAGUGUGUGUCAUUCAGCCGUCAUGUCCUUCCCGCCUGCCUGCCCAUGAGGAAAGAGCGAGUGCUCAAACAAGCCAGCAACUGUCACAUUACCGGCUGGGGCGACACAGGCCGUUCAUACUCCAAGACCUUGCAGCAGGCUCCUCUGUCUCUGUUUCCACGCCGCCAUUGCCAGGAGCAUUUUCACACAGCCUUCACAAGCCGCAUGCUCUGUGCCGGCAGCAUCCACUCAGAAAGGCGUGUGGACAGUUGCCGUGGAGACAGUGGAGGUCCAUUGGUGUGUGAGCGCCCAGGAGGGGGUUGGGUUGUUUACGGGGUCACAUCCUGGGGUCAGGCCUGCAGGACACAGCAGUCCCCUGGUGUCUACACCAAAGUCUCCGCAUUUAGCUCCUGGAUACGCAAAGUAAUUGGACGCGAUGAAAAAAAGAAGUAAUAAACUGAAAACAACGGUCUAAAUCAAGAGGAUUCAUUUUCAGCCAGCUACUUGCAUAAAAGGAUAUUUCAGUUAUGAAUACUUAAUGUCAUUCUUAAUAAUCCUGUGAGGUAUAUCACAAUCUGACCUUUAGUGACAUAAAGACAAUGUUGGACUUUAUUGUAUUUUGUUUUUUGUCAAGGGAAAUUAUUCUUUAGCACUUAUUUUACUAAUUUAACAUUUUUAUGAGGUUUUCAUUUCAAAUGGUAUAUCCUGUAAGCUAAGCAUCUCUUUGUUUAUGUAGCAUCACAUGCAGCCCUUGAUUAUUGUUUUUUAAACUGUUUUCUGUGCUCGCUUUCGUUAUGAAGUUAUAUCUUGUAACUUAUGUCAUUAAAUAUGCUAUUAAAACGUUGAAAAGGGACCACUGUGUUAGAACAAGCAUACUGUAAAUGUGCAUGUACUCAUGCUGAAACAGUAUGUGAUAGCACAAUAUUGCAUACUUGCACUACGAAAUCCUUUUUGGUACUUAAUGCAUGACAUCUAGUGCUUCUGUGUUAAGUAUUUUAGUCAUAUUGUCAAAGUGAAAUAUGAUUUUUAACCUCAUUUCAUUCUUGUUUAUGUAACGUUUUUGUGUGAUUUCAGGUCUUGGUAAUUCUCAGGCUUUUGCAAUUGCUAUCCAGUCAGUAUUUGUCCUUGACUUAGCACGAUGUGAUGUAUGCAGAAAAAGGAAGGGGCGUAAGUCCUUCUGAUUUAAAGCACAAGCAUUUUUGAAGUGUUGAUCGAUCACAGUGACUCAAAGGUCUUGGUCAGAUAAUUGAGGGUUGUCAUGCUUCUAACAACAGUGAAAGGAGACAAUCUGUUACACUUGAAAAAAGAAAAAAACACCCACUGCCUCCUUAUUGUUAAAUGAUAAAUGACCAUGUUUUUUGUCUCAACAUUUCUGGGUAAGCACAAAUUUUGAUAAAAUUUAUAUAAAAAAAAAA